UUUAACAGAUGCAGAACUCGUGUUUGUGUUUUCCUGACAAAGUUAAAUAAUAACAAAAUUAUAUUCGAAAAAAUGCUUCGUCUAGCCGAAAAAGUAGCUAUAAUUACAGGUGCAAGUUCUGGAAUUGGUGCUGAAACUUGCAUACAGUUUGCUAAAAAUGGAGCUCACAUCGUUGCAGUUGGAAGAAACUUUGAAAAUCUCAAACAAACACAAAAUUCUUGCAUGAAAAUUAAUCCAAAUGUAAAAUGUUUAUUGAUUCAAGCUGAUGUAACAAAAGAUACGAAAAAAAUUGUCGAUCAAACGAUAGCAGAAUUUGAAAAAAUCGAUGUUUUAGUUAAUAAUGCUGGUAUUUUGGCAAAUGGUGGAAUUCUCGAUAUGGAUGUUGAACAACUUGACACUGUUAUGGAUGUAAAUCUUCGAUCGGUAUUUCAACUGACCAAAUUGGUUCUACCACAUUUGAUAAAGAGUAAAGGAAAUGUUGUGAAUGUUUCGAGUGUUACAGGCAUUCGAUCAUUUCCAUAUGUUUUGAGUUAUUGUGUUUCGAAAGCUGCAUUGGAUCAAUUUACAAAAUGUGUGGCAUUGGAAAUGGCACAACAUAAUGUUCGAGUAAAUUCUGUAAAUCCAGGAACUGUUGUUACGGAAAUUCAUAAAAGAGGUGGAAUGGAUGAAAAGAGUUAUGCUGAGUUUUUAAAACAUGGCAGGGACACUCAUGCCAUGGGAAGAGUUGGAAAUGUUUCUGAAGUUGCACCAGCUAUAGUGUUUCUUGCUAGCGAGGAGGCAAGUUUUAUAACUGGAGCAUUGUUGUCGAUUGAUGGUGGAAAAGGUAUCAUGUGUCCGAGAUAGUGCCCUUACGUUAAAACUCAAUGAUUUUGUUGUGAUAAAUUGUAC